UGUACACAAGCAAAGGUGGACAGUAAGCUUUUGUUUGAUGCGAUGCAUGACACAUGGCGUUCAUGGAAAAAUGCAUGAUGAACUGAGCAAAAAUGAAUGAGCAUGUGUAACGCGAUGUCGGGUGAUUUUUAUAAUUGUGAUACAACCGAAAAUUGUUAAUUCGAAAUAACGUAAAGUAUUCCAGAAUUUAAAGGAAAAAGGUUUCUAUUAUAAAAGAAUUUCAUGUGAUGAUAGUUUACCCUAUUAGUCUUGAAAGAAAAACUAAGUUUUAAUACAACACUGAAAAGAAUUUUGUAUAAUUCUGUUAUACUGACACGGGGGAAAUCAUGACCAUGCCAACACGACCGGCACCGGCACCGCCUGCUUUGCGCGGACAGAAUGCGGCUGCCAAUGCCAAUGUUAGCCUACAGCAAUUACGUUUACUACAACAGCAACAACAAGAAUUAAACCAACGACCGCAACAAUAUAAUGUUACCGUACCAAAGUUAACUAUUAAAUUACCUCCGCCAACAAAAAGUUCAGCAGCGAUAGAAACGUCAGUUAGCGCAAGUAAUGACACAAUUAAUAGCAAUUCUUUGGCAAGGAAAUUUCCUCAAGCCCGUUACACACCAGCCACGAAUUGGAGUGAUUCACCGUUCGAUUUGUUGACAGACGGAGAGACAAUAAAUUCGACAGUGCCGAAUAAAGGUAAGAAGACAGCACCGCCGAGACCGCCGCCGCCUAAGAUAAAGCCGAAGACAAGAGCACCCACACCGCCUGUACCGCAAUCCACUAACAUUCUCAGUAACAUUUUCCAACGUAAAAAAGCGUCCAAAGCAAUUACGGCCAAUACAGCUUCUCGGAUAUACAAUUCGGCGGCUUACGGUAGUACUGCGACCUUAGCACAAAAGCCACAACAGCAACAACAAUCAAUUACUUUGCACACCACCAGCAAUUGGAAUGCAGCUUGGAAUACAAUACCGAAUUUAUGCCCUGGCUCUUUAAACUCGACGCAGCAACAAGAACCUCAAUUGAUAAGCUUCGAUUCGCCGCCCAGUUCACCAACAUUUACCCAAAAGUCAAAUAGCGAUUGCUUGAGCGUAGACAGUUUUAGUUCAGAUUCGAAUUUCAGUUCGCCCAACAAUGGUAGCGUUUCGCAGCCUGAAAGUGGUUUUGAGGAUGAUUUUGGUGCGGCUGGACGAUCACGACCCACCACUACUAGCCCGUUAGAUCCGUGGGAGACAUUUGGCAGUACGGAUGUAAAUACACAGAAUGAUUACGGUAGUAUUGGGACUGCCCAUGUACGUAAUCUCAAUACGAUAAACGCCCGAAUACACAACAGCCAAGACAAUCCAUUGUGUAAUGGAAAAAGUUUAGUGCCACCCACGCCGGCUCUUAAUAUGCCCACAAUUAUUAAGCCGAAAUUAUCUCAAAAACCGAAAGCUCCAAACCCACCACCAAUUCAAAAAUCUAAUAACAGCACCCCCUCCACGCAUGGUGAUGAUUUUACAAGUCCUCCCUCGCCACCAAUGCCGAAAUAUGCACCACCGCCACCACCACCAACAGCAGCCAUAUCAAAUCCAACGGUAUCCCUAUUAGACGUAAUAUCCGGGAAAGCUGAUGCUCUUCUACUCGGUGCGAAUAAUGAAAUAGGUGCGACUAUUACUUCAAAGCAACCUUACGGUAUAGCUUUAUAUGACUUUGAUAGUAACGAGGAGGGAGACUUAUGCUUUCGGGAAAACGAGAAAAUCUAUUUACUUGAAGAAAUCAGUGCCGAUUGGUAUCGAGGUCGUACACGAGCUGGCUGUGAAGGUAUAUUUCCGAUUAAUUACAUUGAAAUAAAGAUACCGCUCACUGCAAAGGCCGAGUUAUCUAAAAAUCUUUCAACAGUAUCUUCAAAUAAUAGUACACCUACUUACUCCGCCUAUCCUAGUAAUGUUAAUCAUUUACAAAACGUUAAAUGUUUAUAUCAUUUUCCGGCGGAGGUUGAAGGCGAUUUGGAAUUGAAGGAAAACGAUUUAGUUACUAUAUUAUAUAGAAUUAAUGAAGACUGGUUAUUUGGCGAAUCAAAUGGCCGCAAGGGACAAUUUCCGGCUAAUUUUCUUGAAUAUGUACCAACAAAUGUACCCACAAUAUAAAAUAAUGUUUAACUGAUAAUUUUCAUUUAAAGGUAAUUCUUACUUUCUCUGAUGUUCAAAAUCUAAAUCUAAUGUAACUAAAGCAAAAAACGAAAUCUCUUUUAAUCAUAAGUAUUUUCAUGUAAGUGAUAUAUAUACUAUAUAAAAUAUAUAUUGAUAUGCCUAUGAUACGAUAGAAUCUCAAUGUAAGCAAAUUCUCUGUAUAUUUUGUUUCCAUAUACAGCUAACUCUUUUUUUACACGGCUGACGCUUUCUUUAGAAAAACGUGCAAAAAGAUCAUUUAAAGAAAUAUGAAAUAUGAUAAAUUUGGGGAUAUGCUCUAUAACUUUUAAAAAAUCGUGUCAAAUGCAAAA